GUCUGGUGGCGUUUACGUAUCUGCAGUGCUUUGCGUUUCAUAGUUUCAUCUUCUAAUUCUUACGUUAAUUCGUUUCAAAAUUGCAAUUACACUAUCAAAAACUAUUGUUCGAUUAAUAAAAUAUAAGAUAAAUUAUUUGAGACAAACAAGAACACAGUGUUUAUUUGUAAAAAUGUUACUUUACGAUCACAUAUACUUUUUAACGCUGCGUAAAUGAUCGAAAUAACAUGAAAUUGUUGCUUUAGCUGUAAUAAAUGAUAAGAAAAUGGCAUCUUCUAACGCGGAGUUACAAGAAAGGAGUAAACUGUACUAUAAGUUUACGAAGGUACUGACCCUGAAGGUUGCACAAAUAGUGGUUCAGAGCAGGCAAGGGAAAAAAAUAACCCACGAAUGUAAUGCCAAGUUUCCGGACAACGGAGUGGAGUCUUCGCCGCAAUGGUUCAAUCUAUCUAUCCCCGACGAGCCUGGAGUGACAGAAGACACCAAACGAGUGCUCAACGGCGAAGUAGUGGACGCUCUUACCAAAGUCCUUUGCAUCGAGAUCUCUUUACACACAGUCGAUGGAGACGAUAUGGUGCUGGAACUAUGGACGGUCAAACUGUCUCCUGGCAGCGAGGUCUGCUCACCUUCCACCGUGUAUUACCGCAUGAGCGUGAUGCUGAAGUCUACCCUGACUAUAUCCAGGAUAACUCCGGCUUAUAAGCUCUCGAGGUCACAGCAUAAUGAGUCGUACAAGAUUUCCCAUAAGAUCUACGGCGGGGAACCUGAUUAUGAUAUUUUAGGCGAAAAACGCAAGACUGUGAAAGUGAGCGAACUACACACGCCGAUAGGAACAUUAAUGAUAGAGGUGGUAUACCGGACGAAGAUGACGUUCAUGCCGGAGACCAGACAGAAGAUUGAGUAUGAAGCCUCGCCGGCCACUACCGGGAUUAUGGUUAAGAGUGACCAUUUUUACACUGAGAGCCCCAAAAAAAACCGCAACGAGAAGAAAGAGUUGGACCUCUCGAAGCCGCUGACAGCUGGCGCGUUUGUCGACCAGAAGAAGAUCCAGGAGUUACACAAGACCCUCAGUGAGCAACUGCCUCCGGAGCCGCCCAUGGCCUGGCUGCUUGCUGAGAAGGAAAAGAUGGAAAAUAAAAUGAAAGCGCUAACGAUAUCAGACCACGAGAACGCGAACAAACCCAGCUGCAGUACUAGUGUACCGACUUCCUCAGCUCACGCCGUCAGCCGCGCCAUCGAAGUGCCCAAGCCUAAGAACGGAGACAGAUACUCUGGGCUUAUGGAGUUCCCCUUCGCCGAUGGCAGCCCAAUAGCAGAGCUAGCGAAUUUCUACCAAGAAUGCUUGCAAGCCAGAUCCAUUAGUGACGAAUGGACGGACAUUGUCAUCGAAGCUUCUGGAACCGACUCCGAAUCUUUGUCCAAACAACUGAAGAUGUUCGAAGACGCUGUCCCCGAGUUCGAUAACAUGGUGGCAUCCAUGUUCAGCAACUCGGAAGGAUCAGACCGCUCUUAAAUGGCCCGUAAGACUGUUGAAUGAUAUUAGAGUAAGGUAUAGCAGUGCGAAUGGAAUGGUAUAUAUAUGUAUAUGAAUAUACAGAUUUUUAAAUGUGUUGCGUAUUGCUAAAUAUACAGCUAAGUCUUGUACAGGGUGUCUCAAAAAUCAGAACUGGUAUAAUUUGUUACCAGGUGUUGUGUUUUGGGACACCCUGUAUGUUUAAGAAAUGUAUAGGAGAGAAAUAUAGUUUUUCAUUGUCAUUUUAUACGGUUUUUCAUCACAGUAAUUAAAUAUUUUAAAUCAA